GUCACAUUCUUAUGUUAAAGCCGUUAUCCCAAGAUUAGACGUUAUCGCUAGAUAUGGUAAAACAAAAUAACUGAUCAGUGGAAGGCUAUCGAUCACGAGCAGAGGUCAAUUGUCCCCGGAGUGGAUAGAGCCUCAGUGUCCGGCCACCACUUCAUGUCAUUUUUUCAGUCAAAGUCUAGAUAGAGCGGAUGUAAAAUGACUGGUAAAAAAGAUAAAUCACUCCUGGUCACUGCCUUUCGCCUACUUGGCAGAACAUACUACUAGGGUAAAGGUCACAUAAAUGUGACUUGAUUAAAUACUUCACAGCAAGAUAUUUUAAGCAGAUGACUUGUGCGCAUCAGCACUGAGAGGUAUUGUGAAAAUGUCAUUAAAGUGGCAGCACCAGUUAUUCUAACAGGGCAAACAUAUAUUUAAGGAACAAUGACACAAGACAUGACAUCUGAGGAUCUGAAUGUCUUUAAGGAAGUCUCUAAAAAACACAAAGACAAGAAAAAAAAGAAUCCUGCACAGGAAUCAGAGGGUAAGGUGGCCAAAGAAAAGGUGAAUAAAAAAGAGCAAAAGGAAAGGAAACAAAAGAAGGAUGGGAACAUUAAAACAAGCGGUGACACAGACAGCAAAGAGAAGCCCAAGAAAAGCAAGAAAAAAGAAAAGGCAAAUAAACAGUCUGAAUCCCAAAAAGAUGAUGGCUUCUCCAGUUCAAUUGCUGUGAAAAUGGAGCCUGAAGAUAAAGACUUUGUGCCUGUAAAGAACAAUAAACAAGGGAAAAAAAGAGCAAGACCAGAAGAAGCUCAUGACGACUUUGACAUCAAGUCGAAGAAGAAAAAAAUUAAGAUUGAGAAAGAUAAAGAACAGCCGGCAAAGGAGAAGAGCAAACAAGUAGCGAAGAAGAUGAAGAAAGAAGUGAAGGGUGAGGAUGAGAAAAAGCCAAAGAAAACCAAAGAAGAAAAGGAAGCUGCCAUUGCUCUUAAGGUGAAGAAGAAGGAAGAGGAGGAGCAGGCACGCUGGAGAUGGUGGGAGGAAGAAAAGUAUGAAGACGGUAUAAAAUGGAAAUUUCUGGAACAUAAGUGCCCCGUGUUUGUGCCGCCAUAUGUUCCGCUGCCAAAAGAUGUGAAGUUUUACUAUGACGGAAAGCCUUUCCAGCUCAGUGUUCAGGCAGAAGAAGUAGCCGGUUUCUUUGCCACCAUGUUGGACCAUGAGUAUACCACCAAAGACAUCUUCCGAAAUAACUUUUUUACUGAUUGGAGAAAGGAAAUGACCCUUGAGGAGCGGAUUGUGAUUUCUGAUCUGGCAAAGUGCGACUUUACAGAAAUAUUUACUUACCACAAAGCAAAAAUGGAGGAAAGGAAAAAUCGCACCAAAGAAGAAAAACUGAUAACUAAGGAAGAGAAUGCAAAGCUUGUUGAGGAGUUUGGCUACUGUCUCAUGGAUCGCCACAAGGAGCGCAUCGGAAACUUCAAAAUUGAGCCCCCAGGGUUGUUCCGUGGUAGAGGUGACCACCCCAAGCAGGGUAUGUUGAAGAAACGAAUCCUCCCAGAAGAUGUGAUCAUCAACUGCAGCAAAGACUCAAAAAUUCCUGUGCCCCCUGCUGGCCAUAAGUGGAAAGAAGUUCGCCAUGACAACACUGUUACCUGGCUGGCUUCGUGGACUGAAAAUGUGCAGGGGACGGUGAAAUAUGUGAUGCUGAAUGCAAAUUCUAAAUUAAAGGGUGAAAAAGACUGGGAAAAGUAUGAAGUGGCCAGAAAGCUAAAGAACCAUGUUGACAAAAUUAGGAGAACGUACCGGGAGAACUUCAAGUCAAAAGAGAUGAAGAUACGACAGAGGGCAGUAGCUCUCUACUUUAUUGACAAGCUGGCUCUGAGAGCAGGUAAUGAAAAGGAAGAAGGGGAGGGUGCAGACACCGUAGGUUGCUGUUCUUUGCGAGUCGAGCAUAUUAAACUUUACCCAGAACUUGAUGGAGAGAAACAUGUGGUCGAGUUCGACUUCCUGGGUAAAGACUCCAUCCGAUAUUACAACAAGGUUCCAGUGGAAAAGAAGGUGUUUAAAAACCUGCAGCUGUUUAUGGAGAAUAAGCAGGAAGGAGAUGAUCUGUUUGACAGACUGAACACACCAAUGCUGAACAAACACUUACAGUCCCUGUUGGAAGGACUGACGGCAAAGGUUUUCAGGACAUACAACGCCUCGAUCACUCUGCAACAGCAGCUGCAGGAACUGACAGAUUCGGAAGACACAGUCCCAGGAAAGAUACUUUCAUAUAACAGAGCCAACAGAGCGGUUGCUAUACUUUGCAACCAUCAGCGGGCACCACCGAAAACAUUUGAUCAAUCCAUGGCUAAUCUGAGAUCCAAGAUUGAUGCCAAAAAAGAACAGAUUUCAUUGGCGAAGAAGGAACUGAAAGAAGUCAAGAAAGAAGCUAAAGAAAAUGACACUGAGAAGCUCAGGAAAGUUGUGGAAAGCAAGAAGAAAACAGUCAUGAGAGCGGAAGAACAGCUAAUGAAAUUGGAGGUGCAAGCAACUGACAGAGAAGAGAACAAGCAGAUUGCCUUGAGCACCUCCAAACUAAAUUAUCUGGAUCCCAGGAUUUCGGUGGCUUGGUGCAAGAAAUGGGAUGUAAGCCUGGAGAAAAUCUACAAUAAGACCUAUCGGGACAAGUUUAAUUGGGCCAUUUAUAUGACAGACACGGACUUUGUCUUUUAACAAUUGACAAUUCAUAUACCUUGUUUUAUUCUGCACUUGUAACACUGAUUUUAAUAGCACUAAACAGGACCACAAAACUUUUGUGGGAUUUUUAUACUUCCGUUUUUAUAUGUAUGUGUGUCAAUAAAACUUGACAAGAUUUAAAAAAAAUUUAAUUAAACCUAUAUUGUUU